AUGUUGUUUGUUGGGGGAUUGCUAGUGGCGAUCGCAAUUGAAACCUGGCAACUUCAUAAAAGAAUUGCACUCCGCAUUUUAAUGUUAUUUGGGUCAGAACCAAGAUGGUUAAUUCUGGGUCUGAUGUUGAACACUUGGUUCCUGUCAAUGUGGAUCAGUAACACAGCUACCACCGCCAUGAUGAUGCCGAUUGCAGAGGCAGUUCUUCAGCAGCUGAGAAAGACAAAAGAACAAAAAAUAAUCUUUCUUUUUUUCUUUUCCUUUUUCCCAACUGAUCAUUCUCAUUCAUUAAGUCUUUCUUUUUUCUUUUCCCUUUUCCCAACUGAUCAUUCUCAUUCAUUAAUCUUUCUUUUUUUUUCCUUUAUCUUUUUCCCAACUGAUCAUUCUCAUUCAUUAAGUCUUUUUUUUUUUCUUUUCCUUUUCCCCACUGAUCAUUCUCAUUCAUUAAUCUUUCUUUUUUUUUUCUUUCCCCUUUUCCCAACUGAUCAUUCUCAUUCAUUAAGUCUUUCUUUUUUUCUUUUUUUUUUCCCAACUGAUCAUUCUCAUUCAUUAAGUCUUUCUUUUUUUUCUUUUCCUUUUUUCCCAACUGAUCAUUCUCAUUCAUUAAUCUUUCUUUUUUUCUUUCCCUUUUUCCCAACUGAUCAUUCUCAUUCAUUAAGUCUUUCUUUUUUUUUCUUUCCCUUUUUCCCAACUGAUCAUUCUCAUUCAUUAAGUCUUUCUUUUUUUUUCUUUUCCUUUUUCCCAACUGAUCAUUCUCAUUCAUUAAGUCUUUCUUUUUUUUUCUUUUCCUUUUUCCCAACUGAUCAUUCUUUUUCAUUAAGUCUUUCUUUUUUUUCAUUUUUCCCAACUGAUCAUUCUCAUUCAUUAAUCUUUCUUUUUUUCUUUUCCUUUUACCCCACUGAUCAUUCUCAUUCAUUAAUCUUUCUUUUUUUCUUUCCCUUUUUCCCAACUGAUCAUUCUCAUUCAUUAAGUCUUUCUUUUUUUUUUUCCUUUUUUUUUCCCACUGAUCAUUCUCAUUCAUUAAUCUUUCUUUUUUUCUUUCCCUUUUUCCCAACUGAUCAUUCUCAUUCAUUAAGUCUUUCUUUUUUCUUUUCCUUUUUCCCAACUGAUCAUUCUCAUUCAUUUUUUCUUUUUUUUCCCUUUUUCCCAACUGAUCAUUCUCAUUCAUUAAGACUUUUCUUUUCCUUUUUUCCCAACAGAUCAUUCUCAUUCAUUAAUCUUUCUUUUUUCUUUCCCUUUUUCCCAACUGAUCAUUCUCAUUCAUUAAUCUUUCUUUUUUUCUUUCCCUUUUUCCCAACUGAUCAUUCUCAUUCAUUAAGUCUUUCUUUUUUUUCUUUCUAUUUUCCUUUUACAAAUGCGGUUUUCUUCUGA